GAAAUUGAUACUUUAUCAGCAUGAAGAUUAAUCAUUUGUAUUUUGGAGCAUCAGAACUGGGGACCAAUUACUUGUCAAGAGUUUUAUAAACCAGUCACAUAAACUGCUGUUCCAUUACUCUUAUCCUCCAUCUUACCUUCAAACUUGUCUUACCUAUGGCAUUCAGGAGGCAAGUGAAAAACUUUGUGAAAAAUUACUCAGAUGCUGAAAUAAAAGUCAGGGAAGCAACUUCCAAUGACCCUUGGGGUCCCUCUAGUUCUCUGAUGUUAGAUAUCAGUGACUUGACUUUCAACACAAUUUCUCUCUCAGAGAUUAUGAAUAUGCUAUGGCAGAGACUCAGUGACCACGGGAAGAACUGGCGCCAUGUGUAUAAGUCCCUUACGCUAAUGGAUUAUCUCAUCAAGAAUGGAUCAAAAAAAGUCAUUCACCAUUGCAGAGAGGGAUUCUGUAACCUUCAAACACUAAAAGAUUUUCGACACAUAGAUGAAACUGGAAAAGACCAAGGUUAUUAUAUUCGAGAAAAAUCUAAGCAAGUCAUAACAUUGCUGAUGGAUGAACAGUUGCUACAUAAAGAGAGGGAUGUGGCAUGUCGGACUAGAUGGCGUACCUCCUACUCUAUGACAUUUCCUAAAAAAUUACCUGGUACAGGUAACUCACCAAUAGCAUGUGCUUCUGCCUCCACACCCGAAGUUCUUGCUUCCGAGAAGAAGCAUAAGCUGCUUAAGGUUGCGAGGCUACGUAAUAAAACGUUCUGCGCUAAGACAUCGUUAAGCAAGAUCCUAAAAGAGCUUCGGGACCUGAUGCUGUUUUAUGAUGAUGAUCCAAAGCCACUUGUACCAACAAUACCUCCUUCCUUUAUCCCUUCAAUUACAUCAUCGUCAGAAGGGGAAACAGAAGUUUGUAUCCUCUCGGAUGCGAAUGCUGCGCCUACUCCCUCAGAAAAAAGCCCAUCUCUGCAGACAAAUGUGAAUUUGGACAAGAAAUCAGAUAGUACCCGUACCACUACAAAUGCUGUAACAGAAGACCCCUUACAAACGCCUCUAGAAAAGCAAUCAGCUGCAAAAAGUUUUGAAACAUUGACAACUUUACCAGCAUUUUGGUCAUCAAGUAAAGAAUUUAUCAGUCACAAUUUAACGAUAUCCAAGUCAGAUUCUACUUUCUGUAACCAGGCCUCUGUUGAGACAUUCUAUGUCUCUCCCUCAUUCAAAACAUUUGACCCAGCAAAGGAGAUUGUAAUCAAUAAGGACUGUCAGAAACCAACACAAUCCAGCAUUGUUCAGACGGGUGAUGAAAACCUCAAGACAACCACAUGGGUUUCAACUACCUCUGAGGGAACAUCUUCCUUUUCUCCUUUAUCCAUGUCAUCUCCUGAUUCAGCCUCUCCGGAGAAGUCAGUUCAUCUGUUACCCCCAGUUCUGGCCGGACCUUCCUUCUGGACUAUGUCCCAUCAACAGUUGUCUUCUGCCUCCUUUAAAGAUGGAGAUAAGACAGCCAAAGUUCAUUCCUCCUUUGCUCCUAGGAGCCCAGUGUCUUCUGAUGAAGAGGAAAGUGACAACCUCAAUCAACUGAAAAUUAGUAUUCCAGAUAACUCUGAUUCUGUUAAAAAGAAAAGUCAUAUUUCUAGCAGUAAUUGGGUAGAGUUUUCCACCCAAAAUGUAGACCACUUCACCUCUCUGUCCUGUUCUAGUUUUCAGACAACCAGAGGUUUGCCCAGGGAACCUGAAGCAAACAAUUCCAUUAUAGCUCUUCUAGGGGAGGUAAAAAGUGCAGUAGUUAGAUUACAUGAAGAUCUGCGCAUGGUGAUACAGCAGCUUCAUGUUGUCAAUAGCCAUCUGGUAAGCAUGAGUGGCAGUGGUCCACAAGUAAGCCAAUCUCUGCAGGUCCCCCAGUUUUCUGAGGGGAGCGCAGAUGAAAUCUAA